CUUGUAACUGCUUAUAACUGUUCGGAGUUCAGUUCGUAGAUUUACAGCGGGUGUGCAUCCGAUAGUUGUCCGAAACCUGCAAAUGAAGCGAGCGAAUAUAAUACGCGAGGAGAAGCACGCGUGCAAUGGAGUCGAAUGAUUUAACGUGAAAACCGACGCGAUUGAUAUCGGUCUAUGCACUAGCGAUUCCUGCCUUGCAUCUUUGCGCCAUCUUUGUAUUGUGCAGUGGCCGCUAGGUUGAGAGCACUGGUGAUUGAUCGCGCAUACUUUACUCAGAAUGCGCGUAUCGCGUAGAGCCGUAGGUUUCGUCGUCGAAUGUAAACAGAAUUCUCUCGCGGAUAUGAAGUGACGUAGACCGAAUCGGCGCUGCAACAUGCGUGUGUACUUGUGAAAUAAACCUAGUGAAUCCUCUCAUAUGCGUGCUCUGGAUCCGGAUCGUCACUGAGCGUGUGUGUGCGCGGAAGAGGAACGGCACCGAUCGUCGUCGACCGCCGCUCCAGGCUCGACCCGUUGCGUGCACUUGCACAGCUUUUCUUUCUCUCCUUCGUUCUCCCUCCUCUUUCUGCCAUCAUCGUGGUCGCCUAGGAUAUUUCCGAUAGUCGAGACAGGUUCGCGUGCGCGAACCGCCUACGAAAACGGUUACCUACGGCGAGUGUAGUUACGCCGCGAUGAGGGAUCUUGGUGAGGGGAAAUUCGUCGAUGGAAUUGCAUCGACGUGAUGAGAAUGUGAAAUGUCUUCAACCGACAUAGAUUCGAGAAGAAUGCAUGAAGAAGCAAAUCGGUGUCUGUUGCAUAGACGAAGCAUUGCGUCGAGACAUGUUGGACAUCGAUACGCAUUGGAUGUUCCUACCAUGUCGGAAUCUUGCGUUGCCCAUGGCAGUUUCAUAACAUACAACAUUUGGGGUGCGUCCAGAACUGAUAGUGCCGUCCUGUCCGAAAAAGACACUGUUUUAACGCAAAAAAAGCAAUCGAAAGACAACGAGUCUCGAUUGACAAAGAACAUUUCUCGUAGCGUCCGUUCAACUAAGAAAUACUCGUCGAGUGAUAAAAAUGAUGCCACAUGUGAAUGGUGGACGAAUUAUCAGUGGAGAAGAAAUGGUUGGACUACCAUGUAUCUUUUCUUCAUCUGCUUACUAUCAUGCGCAACAUUUUGUGCAUCCGAUUAUGUCGAUUGCUCGCACGGAUUGGAUAUGCUAGGGAGGACCUGGCCAGAAGGUGACAUUGUGGUCGAAUAUGGUAAACCGUUGAAGAUUUUUUGUAUAUUAAAUCAGACGAAAGUAAAUGAAAAAUAUCCAGAUAAAAAUGCUUCGAAUCUUUCUUUCUAUCGUAAUGACAAAAAAAUGCCCCGAGAUUUUAUCGAAGUAAUCAAUGAAACAACGACAAUGUUGUACAUCGAAAAACCAAGGCCUGCUAUUGACAUGUAUGUGUGCAAAUUACGAAUAAAGGAAAGUCCUCGCAGAACCGAACCAGUUUGUCUCAAUAGUGUUGCAAUUGGAACCGCUCCUGAAGCACCAUCUGAGAUAGAUUGUAAAUCCAAUAAUUGGGAAAACUUGACCUGUAAAUGGGUUCCAAAGCACAAUUUCGUUCAAACGAAACAUGCGAUAGCGUUUAAAUUGCCGGGAAGAGUAGGUGCACGAACAAUACAUCCUUGCCCUGAAAAAUAUGCGCAUUCGAUGGAAAACAAAUGCAUGUGGGAUUUGACCACUGAUCCUAUAUACAGACAACCGUACCCACAUUUUACAAUAAUGAUGACCAUACAAAAUGUUUUGGGAAAUCUUAGCCGUAACUAUGAUUUUAAUCAUUACGCUGCUGUUAUCCCUGCACGUCCUGUAAACGUGUCGGUGGUUAAUAUAACAACGGACAGUGCAGAUGUGGUCUGGAAUGUUCCUUUUCCGAUGACUAGUUUUCCACCUGGUUUGCAUCACAAAAUUUUGGUUCAGAAUCAAUGGGAGAGUAGUAAUGAAUGGAAGCUUAUCAAUAUUACAACUGAUAUGCACGAAAUGCAUCGUGAACAUCAUCUUGCCGACUUGAAAUACGCUAAUACCGCAUAUGAUAUUCGAAUUCAUCUAAAGAGUGCGGUGGCAUCAGAUAUUAAUUGGGGUGAAUUUGCUUCUAUUACGUUCAGGACGCUGUCAACAUUACCUGGGUGUCCACCAAAAACUGAUGUUGGCAGUUUUCACAUCAUCGAGCAUAUCGCUAACAGGGACGUAUUUCUAUACUGGCAAACGAUACCGCAGACUGAGCAAAACGGCAAUAAUUUCAUGUAUCUUAUUAAUGUGGAAGAUAAUAAUCACAAGGUACUGGAACAAGCCAAUACAACCAGUGGAUACUAUCAAUUCAAGGGACUCGGAAAUUCUAAUAAAUACCAUUUUACGAUCUCUACGGUAAACGAAGUUGGCGCUAGUAGAGAACGUACAAAAAUAAUUAUACCGACUAAAGAGGAAAUGCCACCGGAACCGACACUGUUUACGAAAAUCGUUUUCAAUCCUGGAGCUUAUGAAUUGUCUUGGAGGCCACCGAUUGCAGUUGAAGAUAUUAUGAAUUAUACGAUUUUUUCAUGCGAACAUAAUCGUGAUUCUUCUCAAUGUGAAGGUUAUUUGGACUGGGUACACAUACCCGGAAACAGCACGGUCCACAAUAUGACCGGCCUGAAUCCAGAGAAGACGUAUCAAUUCGCGAUCGCUCUGAACACUAAGAGAGGCAGCAGUGGCAUGGUGUGGGCAUCGUGCACAGUAAUUCACAACAAGGCGAUUAGCAAAAUGAAGUCUGUGUGGAUCAAUCGUAUCGGCUCGGAUUACAUAGAAGUCGGCUGGAAACUCGAUUGCUCGGAUCGCAUCGGAAUCGUCGACGGGUUCAUCAUUUACUAUUGUCCCAUCAAGUCGCCGCACAACACCAACUGCAAAAUUCCCAAGCAGAACGUCACCACCGAAGCGCACCAAAUGCAGCGUGUCAUCGACAAUCUAAUACCCUACACUACGUACAUGCUGUCAGUCGCGGUGCUGACCAAGGGUGGCGAAGGUUUGCAAAGCGAUGCACUGUACAACACCACCCUUGAAGCGGCGCCGUUCACCUCGCCGUUGAACGUGACGAUCACCGAAGUAACUAACACGACGAUGUAUAUAACAUGGGCGCUGCCACAAGCGAUGAACGGUGUGCUUAGGUACUGUGAGGUCUACUACAACGAGCACUCGAUAAAGGUGGAGGAGAAGAAGAAUGAUGUUAAAUUGACGGGUCUCUUAGCGUAUAAGAAUUACAGCGUCAGCGUCGCCGCUUGCACAGUGGCGUGCAGUAAGAAGUCACCGACAAUAUAUAAGCUCACGGAAAUUGGUGUGCCUGGUAAAAUUGCCACGCCCAAGGUGCGCUUUAUGAACUCCAGCCAAGUACUUAUCACAUGGGACACGCCGCAAAAUCCCGCUGCCCCGGCAGCGGAGUAUUAUCAAAUCGAAAUUUCCCACAGCAAUGAAAUUCGGAAUAUUUCCGGACUAGAAAUGCAACUACCCAUUCCCAUUGAUUGUAAAGCCAGCGGCCGAGAUCAGGCGUACAAGUUUCGAGUUAGAGCUGUCAACGCUGCUUCUAACGACACACAUUUGAAGGGACCCUGGUCCGAUCUCGGGGAAGGAUAUUGCAUCAGCGAUGGACCAUCGUUCGGAGUAUGGGUCAUUAUAUGGGUCAUUGGUGGAGUUUGCAUGAUAGCAUUUCUCUUGUGCCUCUGGUAUACUUUUAAAAGAAUAUGGUUGAAGUGUCGAGCUAUGCAAGAUGUCGAAGUAAAACUUCCGCCUGGACUCGCUCCAAAUAUGAAGCUGCUUCAGAAGGUCGGCGAGCAACAUAUACGACAGUCAUCCGCCGACUCGAGUGCUCAAGAAUCUGUCACUUCCUCGCUCACAGCGGAAUCUCACGUUGGCAGCGACAGUGGCACCGAGGUGGAUUCUAUGGCAGUGUCGCCCGACAAACUGCUGGAGACUCUAACGACCUGGGAGCCGAUCCACUCCAGUCUGCGGCAGAGAAGCGUGACGCGAGAGCCAGAUUUAAUUUCGGACACUGUAGCCGAUUCCUGGAAACCAUACAUCACGGUUGCCAAGUCGGGUGAGCCGGUUCAUGGCGAAACUCUGUCGCUGGUGCGACCCGCGCCCAAUCUGGCGGACAACACAAUCUACACGACUUCGCAGCAUACAUGGUCCAGCGCUGGUUACAUCAGCAUGCCGUCCUCCGAGGAGUUAUCGAAUAAUCCGAGCCCCAUAUUGCGAGAAAACGCUAUUAACGCUGGAAGCGACAGCAGCAACAGCAGCGGUAGUAGCAACAGCAGCAGCAGCGGUAGCAGCAGCAGCAGCGGUUUCAGUGCCAUUGGUACCGUUCCUAAAUCCAUAGGAACGAACUUCGAAAAGGACGAUGACGUCGGCAUAAUGGCGGGCACCGUCGACGACGCCUUAAUACCGAUCAAACCGAAGACGAAGCCUACGAGUGAUAUGUAUGUGACUUUGGCUUCGAUGGAACAGAUGGAGAAGCCGAAGAUGGCUAUCAACAUCUGCGAUGUGAACAAGCUGAACGCGUGUGUCGAGUCGAACAAGAAGUUCGAGCUGGACAAAUUGACGUCGCAAAUCAGUAUGCCUGAGAAGGCGACGACGACGACGACAACGACUGCGACGACGACAGCGACAACGACGACGACAUCCAAGCCGUAUGUUCAGAUAGGCCUAAUAGACACAGUGCUGCAAAAAUCGUUCGCACAGAAUACGACCGAGCAGCCGGUGCAAAACAACAGAUGAGAGCUGAGAGAGAAAUACUAAUUAUUCUUUUUUCUGCAGCGCGAUAAUAUUGUUUUGAAAAAUGAGAAAAAAAAAGUUCGAAAUAACGUUAUCGGUACACGCUGGAGAAAAAAGAAUCGUUAAUUUAUAAUUAUUAAGCUGAAAUAUAUAUAACUUUUAUAUCAAAAUGUGCUAUAUUUCUUCCUAAAUUAUAUAUCUUCCUAAAGAAAGAUACUGUUGAUAAUUUGUGUAGAUUGUAAGUUAAGAAUAAUCUUAUCUCUAAAUGGUAAAAGAUUUUUCAUACACAAAUCAUGCGUUAACAUGAUACAUCUUUUAUUUCCGCCCUAAGAUGUUUACAAAAAUAUCAAUUUCAACAGAACAAAAACUGCCAUUGCUUUGACAUUAAAGUUCAACAUGGCACUUUAAUAUAGCUGCAGUCAUUUCUGGCACUAUUUCCUUGCGGAAUGUAUGAAGUUUCGAUUAAUUUCGUAUCUUUUGCAAAAUUAUGCAGAACAACGUCAGAACAUACUACAUAUUAUAUAUUUUGUGUACACAAUUACACAGAUUACCUCCCAACACACACAUCGAUUCUAUAUUUACUGUUUGAUAAAUCGCGCAAAUAUAUGCAAAUAAAAUUAGCAUGUUUGUUUGCAUAUUUAAUUUAAUCUCUGAUUAUACUUGGAAAUAUUUCUCUUGCUUAUUAAUCUAAUAACGGAAUAUUGUUCUCUUAGUAUGUAUAAUCAAUCUCUUUAUCUAAUUAGUUUUAAUUAUCAACUUGUCAUCGAGCGUGCAUGUAUCAAGUAAAUUUUCUUGGAACUAGAACGAUCAAUGCUGCUUUUCAGCUUGGAAUUAAAUUAUAGGAGUAUUUCAAUAUUGCAUUCACAUUUUAUUCACUCAACAUCAAACGCAAUCAAGUUCAUUAUUAAAUACCGAUAUAUGUAAAUAUUAAGAUCCACCAUUAUGUAUCUAUGCACAUAUUUCAGUAAUACCCAUGUCAGGACGACAUGAUUGUUCUUGUUCCAAGUUAUUGUAACGAAUCCCUUGAAAGUAAACGAAAACGAAUAAUAAUAUUUGCCAAGUAUCGCUUUUGUCGUGUCUGAAGCGAAACGUCGAUUAGCCGACGUUACGAUUUGCCUUAUACAUAUUUUUACAAUGUAUAUAUACGUGUGAGUGCGAGUGAAUGUGUGUACGUAUGCGUAUGUGUGAGUACAUAUAUUUAUAACGGAGUUGACCUCUGGCCUCGAGUAGUAGGAACAUUGCCAUAUUGAUUUUCUCUAUCCUAAACUUGUUCUUGCCUAUUCUCGCUUCUAAUAUACGUUCUGUUUUUCGAUUUGUUUUAUAUCGUUUACAGAGAUUUUGCGAAUAAUUUCGUUAUUGUACAUAUACAUUAAACAUCCAUUUAUGAAAA